UUUUACGCUUCUGUUCUCCUCCUCCAGCGAGGUCAUCCUCUCCAACAUUGACGUGGGCAUCGCUGGCAUCUGGGAGUGCCUGGUGAGCAGUUCCCGUGGCAACACUUCUCAGCAAAUGGAGAUAGUUGUUCUGGAGACGUCAGCACCAUACUGCCCCUCUGACAGAGUCACCAAUAACAAGGGGGAGUUCAGGUGGCCAAAGACUUUAGCUGGCAUCCUGGCCUUCCUGCCCUGUGCUCCUGCCACCUUUGGCUCUGCCCCCCACUCCAUACAGAGGGAGAAGAAGGCGUGGCGGAGCUGUGACCGUGUUGGACGGUGGGCCGAAGAGGACUACACUCAGUGCCCGUAUGCCAGUGAACUGACCCGCGAGCUGCAUGACCUCACACAGAUAACUAUUAAUACCACAAAUGCUCAGCCUCUAGCCAACAGUUAGUGGCCAUCACCAGCAGGGCGGCACACUUCACAGAUGUCAUGGAUGUCAUCUUUGUCACACACCUGGUGGAGAGACUGACAAGGCUGGUGGAAAAGCGUAGAGAUCUUGGGGACUACAUAUCAGACAUAGCCAGCAACAUGAUGCUUGUGGAGGAGCAUAUCCUGUGGAUGGCACAGAAUGAGGCCAGAGCGUGCACUCGGAUCGUCCAGUGUGUGGAGCGCAUUGCUGACCUGGCGCUGACCAGAGACAAUCAGGUCAUUUCUAAGGUAUCUGCUAACAUAGCCCUGGAGGCCUUUCUGAUCCGGCCGUCUAACUUUUUCGGUCUCUCCUGCACGGCACUUCAACGCCCCCCCUCGUCUGCCACCUCGCCGCUCCCUGACAGCCACUCCCACACUGACAAGGACACGAGCAGAGAGCAUGAUGCCGUGGGAGAAUCGUUGCUCAACAUCAAAUGCCACACUGUCAACAACAGCGGCUCACCGGGCAGUCAGCUCAGCAAG